GUGUCGGGACAUCUACAAAUUAGCGUAUCCUUGGCUUCCUGCCAUAACAACUGCUUUCGUCUUCUUCUUCUUCUUCUUCCUCCCGGCGCAGCAGCACUUGUGAUUGUAAUUUUCGAGGUUCAUAAGGAAAAAAAUGGCCGGAUUAAGCUACCUGACUGAUUAUCCGCCGGCGAAGAAUCCGGUGGUGGUGGUGAGUCCGCAGUUCUUGGCUCCGUACCCGGUGGACCUGAUUAUCACCAAGAAGCUAUUCAAACUCGGAGAAACCAACUUUGAAAUCGCCGAUGUUAACGGCAAGAUUUUCUUCACUCUGAAAAGUAAAUUUAUCAGCCUCCGCGAUCGCCGCGUGUUGCUUGACGCCAGCGGUGCUCCUCUCCUCACUCUCCAGCAGAAGAUAAUUACUGCUCACAGGAGAUGGCAAGUUUUCAAGGGAGGCAGCACAGACCAGAAAGAUUUACUUUUCAGUGCGAAAAAAUCGUCAUUAAUCCAGCUAAAGACUGAAUUAUUUGUUUUCCUGGCUCAAAACACAAGCGAAUCAGCCUGCGAUUUCAAGGUGAAAGGUAGCUGGCUGGAGAGAGCUUGCACCAUCUAUCUUGGGGAUUCCAACACCAUUAUUGGACAAAUGCAUAAGCAACAUACCGUUCAGAGCAUUUUGCUGGACAAAGAUUCCUUCGCGGUGACUGUGUAUCCUCAUGUGGAUUAUGCCUUCAUAGUGGCUCUGGUCAUCAUUCUGUACGAGAUCAACGAAGAUCGCAGUGGCGACGACUAAAUAAGAGAUAUUCAUAUAUGAUAUGAUCAUAUCCAUCAUACAUCUUCUGUUAAUGUUCACUUAAAAAGUAAAAAAAUGUAUUUGUGUUUAGGCAUUCUAUGAUGUAUGGAUUUGUUAUUACUGAUUUUCUUCUAAGGAAACUAUGUAAUGUAUGUUAUUUUUGUUAUUGUUUGUUCAA